AUGAGUGAAAAAAUCCGUGAAGAGGCUGAGGCAAACGCUAGGAGGAUUAGCAAAGCAAAGACAUUUGAUGAGUUCAAACAGGUCAUCUUUGGUUCUAACUCAGCUGACGUCAAAACAACUGCCAAAGGAAAAUUUCAGAUGCCUAUCAAAGCAGUUAUUGGCCCUCGAAUUGAGCAUCCCGUUCCAGAACAACCCGAAAUCAUCUCUGCAACAUCUAGUAAACUGCAGUUUCCGAAGGCCAGCGGAGGUGGAGUGAUGGUAAAAAUUUCUCGCUCUACGAGAGACAUCAAGCCUGAGGAUUACGAAACUGAAACUGCCACCGUAGAAAAUACGGGCUUUGAAUACGAAGAACAGGAUCCUGUGGACGAAAUACCCCAA